AAAGAUUAGAUGAAUCGCCAACUGAAGAACUAGUAUCCAUUGGUCAAGACGUAGGAAUGCCAGAGGAUAUGAGUCCAGUUGAAAUAGCGUGCGAUAGAAAUUUUAAAAGAGAGUCCAAUAUAUUGCAUCGACAGUCACUAUGCCGACCACCGCGAAAGCAAUUAAUACCAGUAAAGAUGCCGUCCAAGUACUAUAUGCCGGGUGUCUAUCACCGGCCAAACAUGUAUGAAGUGGAGAGAUGUGUUGGCGUUUGUCARCACCCAAACCACAAGUGUUUGCCAAUUGAAAAAGAGAUCAUCGAAGUGCCCAUAACUUCAGAUUUUAUAUACAGUCGAUUAUUAGGCAGUGGUAGUCACACAAGUGGUAAUCCACCCGAAAAAUGUAUGCGAAUCAAAAUGGAGAAACAUUUGUUGUGUGGAUGUCAGUGUGCAAUGACUCAAAAGAAUUGCAGUGAUAAACAAGUAUUUUCAGAGGACAGGUGUAUCUGUGAGUGUAAGGAUAUGUCUAAAGCCAAAAGCUGUUCCCAAUUGAACAGAAUGUGGUCCAAUGAAAAGUGCGAUUGUAUCUGUCCGCCAACCAUUUCCAGACAAUGUUCAUCCGCUGCUGUCUUUGAUGAAACCAAUUGCAGAUGUAUACAAAACUAGUAAUAUCAUCCGAAAUAUUAGUUUAAUAUAUCAUUUUUCAUACAUAUG